AGACAAUAUGGGCUGCACUAAUUCAUCAAAAGUUGAAAGACCAGAAAGAUCAUCAAUUAUCUUCAGAAGAGAGCCAUUACAACUCUCACCAGCAAAGGUUGCUGAUGCAGCAACUUUAAUACUUAAGAAAAAGAUCAGAUUUAUCCCUAAAGAGCCGAAUUGGGACGAUAAAGUAGAUAGUGAAUUUGAGUGAAUUGUCUGACUUGAAAUUAAGAAGUCGUCACUUGUCUCUAACUGAUGCAUGAACGUCAUCUGCCAGACAUGUGUUUCAAGCUUAAAGAAGAUCUGCCCACUCAGGUGUGAUAAAUUACCAAAACAGUUUGGAUCCAGAAAAGGAUUGAAUGAAAGGAUCAAUAAAAUUUUCUCCAUCUGUGAUCUAUGACUAAGCGAGGUCCAUCCAUGGAAUCUAGAAAAGCAUAAGAACAAGUGUGGUGAGAAGCUUCUAGGGGAUGAGGUCAAAAUACUUAGAUUUCAUAACCAGACCCUUUUGAGGAAGUCAUCAGAAAAAUAUUGGAAAUGCCAUGCUAGAGAAACAGUUUAUGAAGACCAUCAGGACAACCCCGGUGACUUUUAUUACGAAUGCAAAAACUGUGAAUUAAAGUUCUGCAGAUACUGAACUGCUAAAGCCAAGUUUCAAGGAAAGGAUAUUGAAAUAAACAACAAAAAGCUUGAUUCUUCCACUGCUGUACUCUUCAAGUGAGAGAAAACUUUAAUUUUACCACCUAUUAAGCUCACCAAGAAGGCAAAACUACCAAAGAUCAAGAAGAGACUUAGAAAGAAAUCAGUAGAGCUAAGACCAAUGGUGUUCUAAAUGAGCAUUCUAAAUCCCAAUAGGGAAGAACUUUGGUUGCUCAGUUCUUAAAU